AGCGCCGAAGCCGACAUUGUUAGGGGUCCUCCGGGAUUCACAUGGAUGAGUUUGGUUGCAGAAAUUAGCUGUAGCCGUAAAAUUAGUUGUUUUAAAAUUAAACUGGCUCUUAUUAGCCUUCGUGUCAACUACCAAAGGGAACUGAGAAGCUAGGAGCCAUGACUGUAGUAAUUGGGUUUGAAGGCAGUGCCAAUAAGAUCGGUAUAGGAAUCAUCAGGGACGGUGAAGUUCUCUCCAAUCCCAGACGGACUUACAUCACACCCCCUGGUCAAGGAUUCAUGCCGAGCGACACAGCCAGGCACCACCGUGCUGUCAUACUGACUGUCCUGAAGGAGGCACUGGAACAAGCAGGCCUGAAGCCUGCGGACGUUGACUGUGUGGCGUACACCAAAGGUCCUGGUAUGGGUGCCCCCUUGGUCACGGUGGCUCUGGUGGCUCGUACAGUUGCGCAGCUCUGGGGGAAGCCGCUCCUCGGUGUCAAUCACUGUAUCGGACACAUAGAGAUGGGCCGACUCAUCACCAAAGCCAACAACCCCACCGUGCUGUAUGUUAGUGGGGGGAACACACAGGUCAUUGCAUACUCAGAGAGGCGAUACAGAAUAUUUGGGGAGACCAUCGACAUUGCUGUCGGCAACUGUUUGGAUAGGUUUGCCAGAGUUAUAAAGAUUUCCAAUGACCCCAGUCCAGGCUACAACAUAGAGCAGAUGGCCAAGAAAGGUAGUCAGUACAUGGAGUUACCAUAUACUGUCAAAGGGAUGGACGUCUCAUUCUCUGGGAUUUUAUCCUACAUUGAGGAAGCUGCUAAUAAGAUGCUCAGCUCUGGUCAAUGUACAGCAGAGGACCUGUGUUUCUCACUGCAGGAGACGGUGUUCGCCAUGCUGGUGGAGAUCACGGAGAGGGCCAUGGCUCACUGCGGCUCCCAAGAGGUCCUCAUCGUCGGGGGCGUUGGCUGUAACCUGCGUCUGCAGGAGAUGAUGGGGGUGAUGUGUGAUGAGCGAGGAGCCAAGCUGUUUGCCACGGACGAACGAUUCUGCAUAGACAACGGAGCUAUGAUUGCUCAAGCCGGCUGGGAGAUGUUCAGGUCCGGUCAGGUGACAGAGCUGGAAGACUCGUGGAUCACACAAAGGUACAGAACAGAUGAAGUUGAGGUGACGUGGAGAGACUGACGAACGAGACACACAUCUCACUGCUAAAUGUGUUGCUGCACAAGGUCUGUUGUGACAGGUGGGGUGUCGUUCACCUGUCCUCUAAAGGGACACGUCCACUUUGCUGCGUUUGACAUUAAAGAGUUGCAACUCAAAGUCAAACGAAGCAUUUAUGUUACCUUGAACACAGCCAGAUGUUGUGGGGAUAUUAGUUGAUCUCAUUAAGUUUAUAUUUUUCUUGUCAACCAAACCCAUCCAUGAACUCAUCCUGAUAACAAGGAUUUUGUGAAAAGACAAAUUGUAUACGUACUCACACCAAACGGGAAUUCAUGCACAGCUAGUUAUUCCCCAACAAAUACUUAAAAUCCCCGUCUGAGCUAAAGGCUCCAUUGCCCGUCUGUUUGAGUCUCUUAGAAAAGGGGAGUUAAAUAUUUGGGACCUUAUCUUCAGGAGGGAGGUCAGAAUGUAUUGUGAGGUAGACUUAACAUUUAGCUGUUGUUUUUUUUUCAUGGAUUUCAUUGACAUUAAAAAUAAAGAUCACCGGCUUUUUCCAAUAAAAAAAGGUUGAGGGUACUUCGCUUUUACAGCAUUAGUGAGUUAUGUUUUUGCCACCCACAAAUUAAGCAUUUAAACUACAGUCUGGUCUGUAGAAGUGGUUGAGCUUUCCCUGGAUGGACCAGCUACAAACCUCUAAAAACAAAGUUUGGUUAAGACAUCAGAUUUACAGUCAAUGGCUGUACCCUUUUUUACAUCAUGAUCUAGAGAUAGACAUGGAAUUUCAUGGUUGAUAAUUAUGUAUGAUUUGGCCAAUUUUGAUGGGCAAGUAAAACACAAAAACAUGUUUGUUAAAAGUCUGCUUCCCCUAGUGCUGAAUUGACGUUUACUCCUUUCGGCCGUGUCCCCAUUCAGACAUGUUUUUGUGCAUCACAGAAUCUUAGUGCAGCUGUUUUCCCAUAUGAAAGCAUCUUCCUUUUUACAGAUGUUGUGAUGUGUAUGUUCAAAUGAAAAAAUGACAACAAUG